ACACAGUUGAGAUGGUUCCCGCUGGAGUGGAAAGCACCUCAACAGACACAUCGCACCGUCAUCGAGCGCGUAAAGAAGAGAACAUUAGUUCAGAGUUUUAAAGAAAUGCCCACAACACACGACCGACGAGGAACAUGUUCCGUUAAAGUAACGUAAGAAAUGCAUCAAAGGAGAUCACAAUUUAAUAAACAAUAACUAGUCAAUGGAAAGAGUGAAAGCAAAUCAAUCUAAAGACACUUUAUGCCUUUAUUUUCUGUAGUCAAUCAAAUAUGCUUUUUUUUUAUUAUAAAAUGUAGAUUUGUUUGAGUAGUCUGUAAAGUUUGUUUAUUCACCAAAACUCUCUUUUAGAGUAUUUCUGCAAAGGAGAACAGUACACAAAUUAAAAGAACAUAGUAUUAAAUUAAGAUAAAUAAAAAUCAGAUACAGAUGCAUAUAAUGCCUGAUGGUGUUUUUGCAUUCGUGAGGGUUUCUGGUGUGGGAUCUUUAUUUGAUUUUUCUUUUUGCUCCAAAAAUGUGUGACGAAGGUGUCCGAUUAUGUCUCUGAUUAACAAUGAGCAAUAGUUCCCGUACGCAUACACAGGGAAGUGUGUGUGCAUUAAAGCUGGCUAAAGACGAGUUAUGCAGAGAAAGCACAGAAACACACACAUUGUAAGUAUGAUGGUUUGUAUGUUGUGUUAUAAUUUUAUUUUAUUUUAUUUGCAUUACAUGAUUUGGCAGUUUGUGAGUGAUGAACCAGCAACCCAGGCUGUGACUGUCGGUCCUCUCCUUACCUAGCUUUAGGUGAUUUUAUUAUCUUUGAUAAAAUUGACACCUGAAUAUAUAAUAUGGCUCACUACAGCUGCCAUAGUUGCUGGAUGAACUACCAAGGCAUCAGUCACAAACACUGCAGUUAUAUGACGUGGCCGUCUCAAGAAUCCUGACUGAUUCCAGACUGCAGAAACAGAACAGCAGUGGGAUCAAAUAGACAGACAUACAGUACGUUUGCGUGAUCUCGUGAUGUUCCAUGUCAGUGAUUGCUGCAGUCAAACGCCUCGUGAAGAGGAACGUCCACCACACAGUCAGUGCGUUGGUCCACCAGAGGGCAGUGUUCAGCAACAUGCGAGGUGUCUCGUCAUUAAGUCAAAGUGUCAGUCCCCUUGGACCAUGUAUGAAACGCAAAGCCUGAAAGCCUUUCUGUCCACAGACCUCUGAAGGGCCAUCAAGGCAUCUAAUAAGAACCGUUAAAUCUGGUGGCCCUUACCGUGAUGUCGCUUUCUCUGUUAAUGGAUGAUGAUCACCUGACACCUUUCUGAAGAACUUUCUAAAAUGGACUGUCACACUAGUUUACACAAGAGUAAAAGAAAAACUAUAGUGGGCACCAUAAACUCUAAUAAUCACUCUAAUAAUUUAAAACAGAGGUUUAGUUUUACAUUGUCAUGACAGAAGGUGUUCUUUUGUGGCUCUUCAAGUGUGAACUAGCAUGUGCUCCUUGUGAUAAACUACAUUGGUGAUAGUAAGCCACAGCUCUCCUGUGAGCAUUAAAAACGGGUUAAUCUUUAACAUAAAGUAAAAGUCAGAAUACAGUUUGAUCCCUGCUGCUUUUUUUUUUUUUCUCUCUGCAACAAAACAAUCUCGCCUCAAAGUCCAUUUAUUUACUGUUCUGGAGCGUUUUUUUUUUUACUCUGCAUUUUGAGGACAAUCUUACCUCAUUUCAACUUCAUGUUCCCGAAGCCAAGAAUGAAUUUAGAAGCUUCACUGUCAACAUAAUGGUGAAGUCCAAGUUUGUACAUGUAGCACCUUAUUGUGGGAGAAUAAGUAGCCUACCGCUGCAGCAUAACUAUGGUGCCUUUUAUUGUGAAAUGUGACGGAAGAGGCCGCUCUAUAGUGGGAGGAUCAUUGCAAAGUCUAGGUAACUUCUCUUUACUGGAAUACCGAUAUGAUUAGAGACCAUUACCUGCAGCAGCAUCUCCUGCUGUCCUCUCACUCGGCCUGUUGUGUUAAGUUUGACAGCAUCGCAGUGCAGCCAUGACGAACCCCUCCGCGCAGAGCUCAUACCUGGUCCUGGAGAACUUCAUAGGAGGGAAGUUCGUCCCUUGUCGGAGUCACAUCGACUCCUACGACCCGUCCAUCGGAGAGGUCUACUGCAGGGUGCCUGACAGCGGGGAGGAGGAGGUGGGGGCGGCGGUGGCGGCUGCUAAAGAAGCCUUCCCCGGCUGGUCCGCCCGUAGCCCAGAGCAGCGGGCUCAGGUCCUCAACAAGCUGGCCGACCUGCUGGAAGCCCACCUGGAGGAGUUCGCCCAAGCUGAGUCCAGAGACCAAGGUAAGCCGGUAACAUUUGCGCGGACUGUGGACAUUCCCCGGUCAGUGCACAACUUCCGCUUCUUUGCGUCAUCGGUGCGUCACCACACCACCGAAUGCAGCCUGAUGGACCACAUGGGCUGCCUGAACUACACUAUCCGCUGCCCUGUGGGAGUGGCUGGUCUGAUUAGCCCCUGGAAUCUCCCCCUGUACCUUCUGACAUGGAAGAUUGCGCCUGCAAUCGCUACAGGCAACACAGUGGUGGCAAAACCCAGCGAGAUGACCUCCGUGACUGCCUGGAUGAUGUGCAAGUUGAUGCAGCAGGCUGGUGUUCCUCCAGGAGUCGUCAACAUGGUAUUUGGCACUGGCCCGAGAGCAGGCGACGCCCUCGUCGGCCAUCCUGAAGUCCCAUUGGUCUCUUUUACUGGUUCCACGGCAACUGCCCAGCGCAUCACAGAGCGGAGCGCCCCGUACUGUAAGAAGCUCUCACUGGAGCUGGGAGGUAAAAACCCUGCCGUUAUUUUUGCUGAUGCAAACCUGGACCAGUGCAUCGAGACCACAAUUCGCUCCAGCUUUACCAAUCAGGGAGAAGUCUGCUUGUGCACCAGCAGGAUCUAUGUAGAGAGGAGUAUUUACUCUGAGUUCCUGGAAAAGUUUGUGGCUGCAGCUAAGAAGUGGAAGACUGGUGCGCCCUCUGACCCCAGCAGCAACAACGGAGCGCUCAUCAGCAAAGAGCACCUUGAGAAGGUUCGAAGCUACGUAGCACUCGCCAAAUCUGAAGGUGGCAUCGUCCACUGUGGCGAGGGGGUGGACCAGCUGGACCUCCCUAAGAGCAACGCCAACGGGUACUUUAUGCCGGCCACCGUCAUUUCAGGCAUGUCCGACAGCUCCCGCGUCAUGCAGGAGGAGAUCUUUGGCCCCGUCACCUGCGUCAGCCCCUUUGACACAGAGGAUGAGGCCGUUUCCAGAGGUAAUGGCGUGCGUUACGGCCUGUCGGCCACCGUCUGGUCCAGGGACGUGGGGAAGGUUCACCGGGUGGCCAGGCGAUUACAAGCAGGUCUGGUGUGGACCAACUGCUGGUUGGUGAGAGAUCUGAACCUGCCCUUUGGAGGGAUGAAGAACUCUGGUGUGGGGAGGGAGGGAGGCAAGGAUUCCUACCACUUCUUCACUGAGGUGAAGACGAUCGCAAUCAAACACUGAGGGAGGAAUGGAUAAAUGUGAAGAAAGUUUAUAGACAUUCACUCAUCUCUUUUGGGCAACUCUUAGGAAUUUCAAUGACUAGUUUCUCCUCCCACCCUCUCGGAUUUCCGGAGCCUGUAAUUAAGUCUCUUUAAUAGAAUACAAAAGUCCGAGUGGAAAAAUACAGAUGUAUAAACAAACUGAGAUCCAAUAAAGAAAUGCUUUACAGUGCAAAACACUAA